UGGCGGGCGGGCGGCGGCUGCUGCUGCUGCCUGGGCCUGCUGCGGAGCCCGGCCCUAGCGCGCCCGGCGCGGAUGGGGCUCUGCCGGGGCGGCCUCGGGGGCCGGGCGGCGGCGCGGCGGCGCGGGUGACUCAGAGGCAGGCCCCAGCAGCAUUCGCACGCCCCCAGAUCCCAGCAGUCCCGGAAUGACAUCGGGAAACGGGAGUGCUGCCUCCACCGUUCCCAGUGCCGCGCCCCAGAACGGGGAGAACAAGCUGCCGCAAGCAAUUGUGAAGCCCCAGAUCCUGACUCACCUGAUCGAGGGGUUCGUGAUCCAGGAAGGGGCUGAGCCGUUCCCGGUGGGUCGCUCCUCGCUGCUGGUGGGGAGCCUGAAGAAGAAGUAUGCUCAGGCUGUUUUGGCAGAGAAGCCUCAGCUGCAAGACACCACCACCACCACCGACUCUGAGAUGGAGGACCCCUACCUGCAAGAAUCCAAAGAUGAGGCGUCGCCCCCAAAGUUGAAAUGCGAGCUCUGCGGCCGCCUUGACUUCGCGUACAAAUUCAAGCGUUCCAAACGCUUCUGUUCGAUGGCAUGUGCAAAGAGGUAUAAUGUGGGUUGCACCAAGCGAGUGGGGCUCUUCCAUCCAGACCGCAGCAAGCUUCAGAAACCGAGCACGCCUUCGCACUGCCGACGCCGGCCCUGCAAGGCAGCCCUUCCACCACUCAGUAAAGAAAGCAAGAAAACGGCGCCGGCCUCCCUGCCCCCCAGUUCUGGUCCCAUUGCGGUGCCCGGCUCUCUCCAGCUUGGCCACGGGCAAGAGGACUCCAGCCGUUGCUCAGACAAUUCCAGCUACGAGGAGCCUCUCUCCCCUAUUUCGGCCAGCUCGUCCGCCUCCCGUCGGCGCCAGGGUGAGCGAGACAUGGAGUCGCCCAAUGUCCACGUGCGGGACUUGGUGGGGAUGGAGCGCCACUUCUUGCCGAGCGAACCCACCAAAUGGAACGUGGAGGACGUCUACGAAUUCAUCCGCUCCUUGCCCGGGUGCCAGGAAAUCGCCGAGGAGUUCCGCGCCCAAGAGAUCGAUGGGCAGGCGCUACUGCUGCUGAAGGAGGACCAUCUCAUGAGUGCCAUGAACAUCAAACUGGGCCCAGCCCUGAAGAUCUAUGCCCGCAUCUGUAUGUUGAAGGACUCCUAGGAGCUGGUGGCCGGUUCCAAGCCAAGGGUGGACGAUCAGCUUGGGGAAGGGAGGGGAGGGCUCAGGUGGACUUGGCCUUUGGGCCUGUACUCCCUCCUCUCACCAGGUAACUUGAGCACAAAGAGACCCCACUGGUGGAGGGGGGGAGAAGAGGCAGACCCCCGUCUUUGUGGCCAGAUGCCCCGUGGGCAGGGCCGUGGGGCCAUGUAUAUACAACAUAGUAGUCUGUAGCUUCCCUUUUGACAACCGCACCUGCCGCUCUCCUUGCUAAAGGAGGGAACACGAUGGGGAGGAGGGUGGUCCCUCCAGCAGAGGAGAAGGGAGGGUACCACCAGGCUCCCCAGCAGCCCCACCCCCCUACCCCCUUUCUGUUGGACAAAGCCUCGGGAACCUCAAAGCCAAACAGGACCGUUGCCUUAAAUUUUUGCGUAGGUGUGUGUGUGUGUGUGUGUGAUUGUGGUGCUGCAUAGUGCACUUCCCCAUCUCUCUGCCCCCACCCCCGGUCCCGUACAGCUCUUUUGGGCUCGUUGGGGCCAGCGCCGGGCUUCCUAGGCAGAAACGGAACCUCGGCAGAAGGCCGGACAAGGGUCCCCUCCAGCCUUGAUGCCUUCCUUUCUUCCCACCAUCCGUCUUUUUUUUUUUUUUUUUUUUCAUUUUUGAAAUGGGGAGUGGCCAGGUUUGAGCCACAAGAAUUGGUUGUCCUGGACUCUCCCCCUCCCCAAAAAUCUCCUUGGGAGGUGCUUCCACGGAUCUGCAACCAGUUCUCCAGCUGCCUUAAGAAACGUUUUGCAUUUAUUGCAAGCAUCAACCCCCCCAUUUGGAAAAGAAAAAAAUCCACCAAGGCAAGGCAGGAGGGGCUGGUUUUCUCUCUGGAAGAUGGGGCAGGCCUCAGGUGUGUCAAGAGUGGGUGGGCUCGCCUAGGGCGAUCAGGGAUGGAAAGGGAGGCGAGUUGGGAGUGCAGCUGAGCUGUUUCCCCCCCUGGUAGGCCGUUUGCAGUGCCUCCUCAUUUUCCCUUGUGCUGGACACUCACCAGAGCCUUCAGGGCUGCAAGCAAAGGACUUUCUAUUGUUUCUUCCACCACCUUGUUUUUAAUAAACUCCUUUGGGAAAAAAAAAA